UGAAGAUCAAAAAUUGUGUAACCAAACCACAUAUGGAAUGACCCUUACUUAACAGCUUAUUGGCUAACAAGAGUUUUCCAGAAAACAAUAAACUCACCCCCUUUCACUCGGCCCGAAUGCCACCUGAAUGUACAGGAUGUACGGAGUAUGUACCUGUCAUUCACUCUAUCCACCCAGAGGGAAAGGGGAGAGGAGAGAGGAACGAAUAGAUGGCAGAUAAUGGAGUGGCACAUCACAUCACUUGAUCUGAUGAUCGACGCUCUCCCCCAACUUUACGGCAUUUCAGCACUUCUACUUUUCUAUAUUCCCACACCACCCCCUGGAACUCUAUGGGCAGCCAAGACCUCUGCCAAGAGCCGCCAAGAUAUAACCAGUAUGUCCCCAUGCAUUAAGAGAGAGAGAGAGAAAAACAUUCCCAAUUUCCCUCUCCUCCAGCGACCCCUUACUCCUGCCCUUCUGGCUGGCUGGUCAUGGACCAUUCCACAGCAGCGCUUGGCAACGUUGCGAUGGCUGCGCCUCCCCUCCGUCUCACGGAGAACCCGCCAAGAACCGUCUGACUUUUUCGUCUUCUUACAUUCUUCUCUCCUUGCGCGUCCAGUGUGACUGUACUCCGUAGCGAGACGGUCCUCUUCUUGAGUUACGCUGCCAAGUGCGGCCAAGAACUUCCACAUUCCCAAGAUGUCGCGCGGGCCCUUUCGAACAAUCUUCUCGGACCCCGCGGAGGGCCCCCGUCCUCUUGAGGCAGUGGAAGCAGAUCUCGUCGAUCCUAUGCAAUAGCCGGUUGUGAUUAAAAUGGUAAAUCAUCACUACCGACGUCGACGGCUCGGCACGCGGAC